AUGUCUGGCUGGUUUAGCAUCGAUCCAAAUAAGCUUAAAGAAUUAGCAACAAGCACAUUAAUCAAUGCACAAAAACAAAUAGACAAAGUUCUCGAUAUUAAAGACGGUGCUUCUAAUACAGAACAACAACCAAUAGUUACUAAUAGUGGAAUAAAUAAUCCUCCUCUUCCAACAACAACAGCAGCAAACAAUGAUGAUUUUUUUUCGACAUUUCUCGGUAACCAAAAACCUUCAACACCAAACACAGAAAAACAAGAAGUAAAAAUAGAAAAAGAUGUUUCACUUACAAAUUGGAAUGCAUGGUCGGAUCAAAACAAUGCAUCACAACUAAUCUCUUCGGAAUCACAGUCAGACCUAAUAGCAAACGAACAAAAUACCAAUGAAGAAGAGCGAAUACCAAUCACUGAAUCUAUUGAUAUACAAUCAUCAUCAUCAAUAACAGAAUCUGUUGGUAUAGAACAAGUACCAUUAUCAUCAUCAUUAACUGAAUCAUCAACCAUAACAGAAAGUUCUAGUAGUGAAAGUGCUAAUUCAUUAAAACCAAUAUUAAGUAUACUAUCAUCUGAAUCGACUAUUAUUGGUCAAAUUAAUGAAAAUACAAUAGAUGAAAAACAGAUAUUUAUAGAUAAUGAAAAUAUCGAAUCUGACAUUGAUCAUCGAUCUGAAACAAUUCAACCAUUACCAUCUGAUAAACUUGAUGUUAUUGAUUCUUGGAUAAAUAAUCGUGAGAAUAAUAAUACUACUGAAAAUAAUCUUGAACAAACAUUACAAAAUAAAGAUGAUAUUGAUGCAUCAUCUGUAUUAUAUACAUCAUCAUAUCCACCAAAUAAUUUUCCAGCAGCAUCAAUAAUCGAUGAUGAUUUAACACCAACAUCUGUUGUAUCAACGAAUCAUGAUAAAGAACAACAAUUAGAAACUAUUUCAACAGAUGAAGAAGAUGGUAAUGUAUGUGUUGAACAAUCCAAUUCACCAACGCAUACUAUAUCAUCAUCCAAUGGACAUGAUACACAUAGUAAAGGAUCAUCGGAUGAUGGUAAACAAACAUCAUGUGCAUCAUCAGACAUUGAAGUAAUAUCAUGUCCAAGUGUAACUGGUGGUUUACCAGUUAGUACAACAGAAACAUUUGAUAAAUGUCGAGAAUUACGUGAUGCUCGACGAGCUGUAGUACGUGAGGUUGUUGUUCGUUUUCCAUCACAUUCAACAAAUCUUAAAUAUCAUCAUCAUCCAUUAUCAAUGGAUAAUAUUGAUAAAAAUACUACAUCAAAUUUUGAUGCACCAUCAUGGUCAACUUUAAUUGAUGAAGCAGCUACUGAACAGAAUAACUACGAAAAUUCACAUGAAGAGAAUGAUGAUGAUCAACAAAAGUUCUAUACGUCAGAAGCUUCGAAAGAAUUAGGUGAAAUAAAAGAACGUCUUGAAUUACGUGAACAAGCUUUUAUAAAAUUAACAAAUGAAUCUAAUGAAUUACAUCGAACAAAUCAAUCAUUGAAACAAUCAUUAACAGAAUUAGAACAGCGUACAUCUCGUUUAACGACUGAAUUUCAACAAACAAUUGAAAAUCUUUCAAUGAAAAUUGAAGAACAAAAACAUGUUGCAGAAGAACGUGAUCGUCUACGUCGACAACUUGAUACAUUACAAAAACAAUUAUUUGAAAAUUCAACAUCAUCUGGUAAUACAAUGGCUGUAUUACGUGAAAAAGAAGAACAAAUACAACAAUUACUUGAGGAAGGUGAUAAAUUAUCAAAAACUCAAUUACAACAUACAAAUAUAAUAAAAAAAUUACGAACUAAAGAAAAAGAACAUGAAACUCAAAUAACAUCAUUAAAUGCUCGAAUUGAUAAAUUAACAAAUGAAUUAGAUGAAGCAAAGAAAACUUUACAAGAAAAAGAAGAAAAUGAAAAACAAUUAAAAGAAAGUGUUAAAAAACUUGAAAAAUCUGCAACACAUUAUGAAAAAGAAUGUAUAUCAUUAAAAUCAUUAUAUGAAGAUGCUGAAGAACAAAUUCGUAGUACAAAAGUUGCACUUGAAAAUUCUUAUAAAGAAAUAACUGAAUUAAAUAAAACAAAAGCAGCAACUGAAAGUAAAGUUGUUGAAGCAACAUUAUCAGCUGAAAUAUUAUUAAAAGAAGAAAUUCGUUUGGCUGUUGAAAAAGAACGUAUUAUAUCACGACAAGAACAAGAUAAAUUACAAAUGACUAUUGAUGAAUUAAGACAUUCUAUUCAACGAAGUGAAGCUCAACUUAGUCGAAAAGAACAAAUUUUAAGACAAGAAAUUAAUGAUCUUCGACAAAGACUUCAAGAAGCUGAAUCAAGAAAUGAAGAAUUAACACAAAAUAUUUCUAAUGCUACACGUCCACUUCUUCGUCAAAUUGAAAAUCUUCAAACAACAUAUGUAACACAAAUAAAUUCUCUAGAAAAAACUGAACGUCAAUUAACUGAUCGUCUCGCUGAAAUGCAAGCACAAUAUGCCAUAAGUGUUGAACAUGAACGUGUAGCUAAUGAAACAUUAUUAGAAACGAAUGCUAAAUGGAAACUAGCUGAAGCACAAUUAGCAACAUUCAAACAAGAUAAGACACGUUUAACUUCAGAAAUUGAUAUUCUUAAAAUGAAAUUUACUAAUCUUGAAGAUACUAGACAAAGAGAAAAAAAUCAAAUAGAAACAAUGCAAGAAGCAUUCACUCAACAAAUCAAUAGUCUCAUACAAGAAAAGCGACAACUUGAAGUAGAUGCUGAACUUGAAAAAACAAAAUAUGAAAGUGAUUUAAAACGAUUACAGAUUGUUCAUGAUGCAUUAAAAGAACAACAAAAUCUAUUUGAUGUACAUUCAAUAAGUCGUUCGAGUUCAAAUCUUGAAAAUACACUUCAACAACAACGUAGUCGACGUUCAUCCGGUGGACAUGAUACACCAACAUCAUUUGCAUUUGAACGUUCUCCAUUUGUUCUAACACCAAAACCAAGUGUAUAUGAAGCUUUAAGAAAUACAGGCGCUAUAGCUGUACUUGAAAGUUUAGAAGCACAAUUAAAAGAAAAAGAAGGAGAAAUAACAUUAUUACAAAGUGAAAUUUCAGAUUUAGAACGUACACGAGAAUCAAUGGCACGUGAAUUAGUUAAUUUAUCAACAAUAAAUGAAAAAUUACAAGAACAAACACAAAAUUAUCCUAUACUAAAUGAACAAUAUAAAGACUUAGAAAGACGUUAUGACGCUCUUUUAACAAUGUAUGGAGAAAAACAAGAAGAAGCUGAUGAACUUCGACUUGAUUUAGCGGAUGUUAAAACACUUUACCGAGCUCAGAUGUCAUUAUCAGAUAGUUAUUCAUGUCGUUUAUCAAUAUAUUCAUCAUUAGAAAAACUUUUUUUACCAAAUCCAACCAUACCGUAUCCAUCACAUAUUUAUAUACAUGGAAAUAAUAAUACAGGAAAAUCAACAAUAAUUAAGUAUGCACUUAAUAAACAUAAUCAUACGAUUUUAUGGUUUGAUUGUCGUGAAAUAUAUUCAUUGAAUAUGUUCUAUAAUACAUUUAUUUCCUUAUUAUCAAAUAAUACAAAUCCAACAAUGAAAAAUUUCAAUGAUUUUAUUCGAAUAUUACGUGAUGUAUCUAUUCAAGAUAUGAAUAAUGUAAAAAAAAAGAAAACGAAAUCAUAUUAUUUUGUUGUACUUCAUCAUAUUGAACUAUUAUUAAACUAUGAUACAACAGGACAUUUACUUUAUCUUCUAUUUAAAUUAAAUGAAUUAACAUUAGGAUAUUUUCAUCAUUCACUUAUAUUAAUUGGUCAUCAACCAUUUUAUCAAUUAUCACAAAUGAAUCAAAUUGAAGCUGAAUUAGGUGUAUUAACACCAAUAACUAUAUUUGUACCGGCUUAUACUCGUAUGGAAAUUGUUACAAUAUUACAAAAUAUUUUAACACAACAACAAGAUAUUCUUCCAUCUUCUAUUAGUCAAUUACAUAUUAUAAUUGAAUUAGCACUACAAAUUUUUUAUACUGUUACCAAUGAUCUUGUCGAAUUAAAAGAUAUGACAACAAUGUGUAUUAAAGAUUUUUUACGUAGUAAUACAAAAAAACAGGCUGAUGAUGAUGGAACUAAUAAUGACUAUCGAAUGCUUUAUCAAAAAGAAUUUUUUAUGCAGGUUCUUAAUUCUGUUUAUACUCGUUCAAUGAGUAUUCCAAAAUUUCUUGAUACACAUACAGCUGAUGAAGAAACAACAGAUAAUUCAUCUAAAAUGUCUAAUAUAAAUAAUAAUGCACGUGAUCUUCCAUUAUCAGCAAAAUUUCUCUUGAUUGCUAUUUAUUUAGCAACACAAAAUCCAAUAAAAUAUGAUCUUAUGUUAUAUGAUAAACAAAGUCAAGGUAAAAAAAGUCGACGUGCUAAAAUAAUGCAUAAACGAACACAACUUGAAUCAUCAAAAAUUGAAUAUUUACCAUUAUCAUCAAAUAAACCAAUAUCACUUAAUCGUCUAUUAGCUAUUCAUUGUUCAUUACAAGGUGAUUCACUACCAUUAACAACACAAAUAUAUACUCAAUUAUCUUUAUUAACAUCAAUGCGUUUAAUUGAGCUUGUUGGAAGUUCAAAUGAAACUGGUAUUAUUAAUUUAAAUGAACCUAAAUAUCGUUGUACAAGUUCAAGUGAUUAUAUUCGACGUUUAGCUGCAUCAAUUGACUUUAAAAUUGAUGAUCUUAUACUUGUCUAA